GCCCGCAUAAUAAUACUGCCCCCGAAAGUUCUUGAUAAAAAUCAACGUGAGGGCAAGGAAAACGAGACACAUAUAUAAGUGUUUCUGCCGCUCAAGGGUUAUCUCGUGGAAAACGACACAACAAAUUUGUCGAGGUCAUUGAAACAAAGAGAACGACUAAGACGGGAGAAAGAGACAAAGUGAGGUAUUCGUUCGUGAAAGCGGUGACGAGGAACUCCUCAGGAAUUGGCUACUUAUUGACGCUACGUCGAGCUGUUUCUCUCCUUCAAGUCUGAAAGAUGCCUAACAUAAAGCUGCAGAGUUCCGAUGGUGAAGUCUUUGAGGUUGACGUUGAGAUUGCAAAAUGCUCUGUCACUAUUAAGACUAUGUUAGAAGAUCUUGGUAUGGAUGAAGAUGAAGAAGAAGUUGUGCCACUGCCAAAUGUCAAUUCGGCAAUUCUUAGGAAGGUUAUACAAUGGGCCACGUAUCAUAAGGAUGAUCCACCUCCACCAGAAGAUGAUGAGAACAAAGAGAAGCGUACUGAUGACAUUAGCUCUUGGGAUGCUGAUUUCUUGAAGGUGGAUCAAGGAACUCUCUUUGAACUGAUCUUAGCAGCUAAUUAUCUCGAUAUUAAAGGACUUUUGGAUGUGACCUGCAAAACUGUUGCUAAUAUGAUCAAGGGUAAGACACCUGAAGAAAUUCGCAAGACAUUCAACAUUAAAAAUGAUUUUACUGCUUCGGAGGAAGAGCAAGUACGUAAGGAGAACGAAUGGUGCGAGGAGAAGUAGAUCUGGAUCUUGCAUAUUUAUGAAAAUGCUCAAGAAUUUGACCUUGAAUUAUUAGGCUCCAAAAUUAUCCUUUCUCUUUGAUGAGAUUCUUUCAGGAAAUAAUUUCUUUUCAAUGAGAUCUGCUAAGUUGCUCUCGCUAAAAUUAACUUGUAUUAAGUGAGCAACUUGUAUCUCCUAUAGCUCUUCUGUAUCAUUUAUUGCAUAUAGCUUGAAGUUGUUAUUUAUUUCAAAUAAAGAUAGAAUAAUAAUCAUGAAUUAAGGCUCCUGUUUUCUAGCAGCGACCAUAUUGGUUAAUGACAUUAAAAAUGAGAAAGUGAGUACGUGAUAAUAAAAAGAUCGAUAAAAUGACAUUUGUGUAAUCAAUUGAGCAAAUUUGUAAAAUAGUACAGAGAAAUUUCCUUUGUUCCAAUGACUAAUAAGUAUCCACAUCACAUAUGACAUAAUAAGUAUCACAUCACAUAUGGCAUUAAAAUUAUAUAAUGUAAUUAAAAAGCUAAAUAGAUUUAAUUCGAUAGCUACUUAGUAUAGCAUCAUAUUUAUCUUAUAAUUAUAUAUUCGGUAAAGCAAAAUGAAAAUGUUUGGUGUAUUUCACAAAACUACUUAAACGAUCAUAAAUAUUAUUUUAUGUAUAUGUAUGGACAUAUAUAUUUUUAUUUUAAUCUUCUAUAUAAGUACUUUAAACGUAUAUUUUCUUACUUUUGGUAUCAGUCAAGGUGACCGCGGCGAAAAAUCAAGAGUCGUAAUUUAUUAUAUGUGUUUAUGCACUUUAUAUCUGAAAAUCUAAUACAAUGUGAAAUUUUUCAAUAUUAUCGAAAAUUUGCUAUAGAUGUGCCUUUAUUCUAAAUUGUCUUACUAAGAAAUGCUUCUAGCGCACUUACACGCAAUGUUAGAUAACAGUUGCAAUUUUACAUAGAGUGAAAUAUAACAAAUGUAUAUUUAAGAAUAUUAAGAAUAUUGUAUACACAUUUGAAAUUGAAAUUAAACGUAAAACGUAAGAAACUA